GAUAUAAUUUUCCACCCAGAGUUGACGUGGCCUGAAUAAAAACAGACGGUAAAUGAGUGGCGUUAACUAUCUACAACGUUCAACAAGGAGACCACUGCCAGCAUGUCAGAUUCUGAGGAUGAGUUUGCAAGUGCAGAUGAAGGUGAUGGUGUGCCAGUAAACCCUAAUUCAAAAGCAAAAAAAGAAAAAAGUUUACAUUCAGAGACAAAAGCUAUAAAAACUGAUAAAUCUGAUGGAAGUAGUUCGGCUAAAAGUGCUACAGUGACAAAUACAAGUGUUGGAGUAGAAAAGGAAACCAAGAAAGGUGCUGUUGGUAAAGGGUCACAGAAAAAAGCACAACCCAAAAAGACAAAUAAGAAUAAAGCUGAUGAUGGAAAACAAGAAACAGAAUCAGCAAAGUCCAUCGAUAAAGGUAAAAAAACUAAUGCUUCUGGCAAAACUCAAGCUCCAAAGUCUAAUACAGCUGUAAAAGGGUCUGGUUCACCGGCCAAAGGAAAGAAGAAGCAAUCUGAUGAUACUGUAGCAUCAUCAAGUCCAGUUUCAGGUGAUGGUGAUCAUAAAAAAGAAGUUAUUAUUGAGAGUGAUAAACAUGAAGAAACAUCUGACAUUGCUGUGUCAAGUCCCGAUACAUCAACACAGUCAAGUGAAUCAGAGGUGAAAAAGACUCGUACACCAAGUGGGACAACUACCGAUAUGCAAGAAGAGAUUGCUACCCAAAAGUCAAAGGAAACAACUCCCCAAAAAGAAGGAACCACACAAAACUUGAAAGAUGUAUCUAACACAUCAACAGAGACAAAACAUCAGGAUGUGGAAGAUGUUUCUUCUCAAAAUUCAGAGGAAUUAAAAACACAAACAAAAGCAGAAGGAAAAGAACAGUCAUCUGCAUCAAGUGGCUGGAGUGCCUGGGGUAACUGGGGGUCCUCCCUGAUGGAUGUAGCCUCACAUUCAGUGACAACCUUCACCAGUCAAGUUGAGGAUGGAUUCAACACACUGGUAGAUGCAGUGGAGACCAGCAUGGGGGCACCAACACCAGAGGAACUCGCUGAAAUGAAGAGAAAGUCAAAGGUGGAAGCAGAGGCUCCAGAAAACACCCCAAUGGACAGAGAAGUGGAAGGGGAUCAAAAGGAAAAAGAAAAGACUAUGACAGAAGGUGAAGGAGACAAUCCAGUGAGCCCUGUAAAGGAACAAUCUCCAGAGGAGCAGGCCAAAGGAAACUGGUUCUCAUCCUUAGCUGACCAUGUUGGAGGUGGGUUAAACACACUGAUGGAUGCAGUGGAGACCAGCAUGGGGGCGCCAUCACCAGCAGAACUUGCAGAAAUGAAGAAACAGGGAAAGGUGGAAGCCGAGGCCCCAGAAAAUACCACCAUGGACAGAGAAAAGGAAGAAGGGGAUCAUCAGGAAAACGAAGAAAAAGAAGAGCAAAAGACAGGAGUUAAUAAAACAAGCCCUGUAAGAGAAGACAAGGGUGCUGGAGGCAGUUGGUUUUCAUCAUGGGGGAUGUCUAGCUUGACUUCCGUGGUACAGAAUACUACCAACAUUGUACAGAACACGAGUAAUGCCUUGGUGACGGGGAGUUUAGAUGUUCUGGAAAACAUUGGUAAAAAAACAUAUGAUGUCAUCAAAGACCAUGACCCUGGUCUUCGCAAGACAAAGGAAGUGCUCUUUCACCGGGGAGAUAAGCCUAAUCUUUCCCAGAUUCUACGAGAUGCUAAAGAGGAUUCAGUCAAGCGUAUUGAGAUGGAAAAGGAAUCUGAUGAAGCAAGGAAGGCUCACUUUGGAUUUAUGUUUGAUGAGUAUCAAGGCCUUUCCCACUUAGAAGCACUGGAGAUCCUGUCUAAUCAGUGUGAGAAGAAGGUCCAGACAUUGUUGGCAUCCAUGCCUGCUGACACACUAGCUGACAUAAAGUCUGACCUCAUCAGGAUCAAACAGGUGUUUGAAAGAAAUGAAGAGGAUAAUGAUGAUGAAGAGCCAGAGGACCAAGAUUUUGUGAAGCUUGUUACUGAUAUCUUGACAAACCUCCAUCUGGGUACUAGCCCGGACAAACUAAACAGGUGCCAAGAAAAAAUCCGCCAGAGUAUCAGUAAGUUGUGUACACAAGAGGGAGAAGAAGAGCAGGCCCAGCCCAAGGCUGUCCACCAGGUGGCAAUACAAUCACUUGCAGAACUGACAUCCAAGUCAGUGGAGCAGUUCCACAAGGCAGGGGAGCUAAUUCUGUUACAGCAGCAGUCUGAUGUACAGUUUACGGAGCGUGCCACCAGUCUUUCAAAUCUGACAAAUGUCCUGUGUACAGAGGUGGGAAUCUUGUCCAUGAGAUUUACAACCAUCCUCAACAAACUGGCUGAGGGUGAGGAGGAUAGCAGUCAUAUCAACACUCUGGUCACAAACAUCUACCUGGAGGCUGGAAACAGUAGUACCUACAUACAAGACGCCUUCCAGCUAUUGCUGCCAUGUCUGCAAGAGCUUACCAUACAGACUGCUCUUCAACAUGACAACUGAACCGUACAGUAUACAGUUCACCAUACAGACUGCUCUUCAACAUGACAACUGAACCGUACAGUAUACAGUUCACCAUACAGACUGCUCUUCAACAUGACAACUGAACCGUACAGUAUACAGUUCACCAUACAGACUGCUCUUCAACAUGACAACUGAACCGUACAGUAUACAGUUCACCAUACAGACUGCUCUUCAACAUGACAACUGAACCGUACAGUAUACAGUUCACCAUACAGACUGCUCUUCAACAUGACAACUGAACCGUACAGUAUACAGUUCACCAUACAGACUGCUCUUCAACAUGACAACUGAACCGUACAGUAUACAGUUCACCAUACAGACUGCUCUUCAACAUGACAACUGAACCGUACAGUAUACAGUUCACCAUACAGACUGCUCUUCAACAUGACAACUGAACCGUACAGUAUACAGUUCACCAUACAGACUGCUCUUCAACAUGACAACUGAACCGUACAGUAUACAGUUCACCAUACAGACUGCUCUUCAACAUGACAACUGAACCGUACAGUAUACAGUUCACCAUACAGACUGCUCUUCAACAUGACAACUGAACCGUACAGUAUACAGUUCACCAUACAGACUGCUCUUCAACAUGACAACUGAACCGUACAGUAUACAGUUCACCAUACAGACUGCUCUUCAACAUGACAACUGAACCGUACAGUAUACAGUUCACCAUACAGACUGCUCUUCAACAUGACAACUGAACCGUACAGUAUACAGUUCACCAUACAGACUGCUCUUCAACAUGACAACUGAACCGUACAGUAUACAGUUCACCAUACAGACUGCUCUUCAACAUGACAACUGAACCGUACAGUAUACAGUUCACCAUACAGACUGCUCUUCAACAUGACAACUGAACCGUACAGUAUACAGUUCACCAUACAGACUGCUCUUCAACAUGACAACUGAACCGUACAGUAUACAGUUCACCAUACAGACUGCUCUUCAACAUGACAACUGAACCGUACAGUAUACAGUUCACCAUACAGACUGCUCUUCAACAUGACAACUGAACCGUACAGUAUACAGUUCACCAUACAGACUGCUCUUCAACAUGACAACUGAACCGUACAGUAUACAGUUCACCAUACAGACUGCUCUUCAACAUGACAACUGAACCGUACAGUAUACAGUUCACCAUACAGACUGCUCUUCAACAUGACAACUGAACCGUACAGUAUACAGUUCACCAUACAGACUGCUCUUCAACAUGACAACUGAACCGUA